CGAGAAGAAAUGAUGCGCUCGUGCGCUCUGCGUGCCUCUCUCGCGCGCUGUCACUCCCAGCAGCAUCAAAGCAGCAGCAGCGAUCAGUGCGCGAACAAACUGGAAAAGGAGCGCGAGCUCAGCCACCUGCAGGGUUCUAAUGGGCUGUGACCUUGGUACUUCAGGAGCUAGCAACUAUGUGAUUGCCUCAUACUCCCACAUCUCUGUUUUUGCAGUCCCCUUUCUCAUUUAGCCCCCCAAAUUUUCGACAUCUCCUAGCCCCAACCCUACAAAUCCAAUGUUCUCCUUGGUGGAUUCCAAAAUUUGGUGUACAGUUCCUCCAGCAAGGGGCACCGAUGACCCUCUUGAGAUAUUGCAGCUUUUCCCAACUGGAUUCCCAUCACUGUAAUUGUACCACAAACUGCUGCUUGUACAUUUGGUUCCAUCCAUAGCUUUAUGCCGCCAUGGUGAAGGCCUUAGAAUGGUAUGGUUGUCUUCUUAUGCUGACGUGGGUGAUCAGCUCAGUCAGCCAGCGCACUGAUCCAUUGUUACCCCCUGCCCCCGAGUAUGCCCAUUCCAUAAGACUGGACGGUGACAUCAUCCUAGGCGGUCUGUUCCCUGUGCAUGCACGGGGAGAGCGUGGCGCCCCCUGUGGCGAACUUAAGAAAGAGAAAGGAAUUCAUCGAUUAGAGGCCAUGCUCUUCGCCAUUGACCUCAUCAAUAAAGACCCCGACUUGCUGCCCAACGUAACAUUGGGGGCGCGCAUUUUGGACACCUGUUCGCGUGACACGUACGCCCUGGAACAGUCACUUACCUUUGUACAAGCACUCAUUGAGCGUGAUUCUACUGAUGUACGAUGCACCAGUGGUGAGCAGCCCAUCUUUGCCAAGCCAGACAAGAUUGUUGGUGUGAUAGGUGCAGCAGCAAGCUCUGUCUCCAUUAUGGUGGCCAAUAUACUACGCCUGUUUAAGAUCCCUCAGAUCAGCUAUGCAUCCACAGCACCGGAGCUGAGCGAUAACACUCGGUACGACUUCUUUUCCCGAGUCGUGCCGCCUGACUCCUAUCAGGCCCAGGCCAUGUUGGACAUCGUGACAGCUAUGGGCUGGAACUACGUCUCCACACUGGCCUCUGAGGGGAAUUAUGGGGAGAGUGGUGUGGAAGCUUUCGUCCAGAUCUCACGAGAAACCAGUGGUGUGUGUAUUGCUCAGUCACUGAAGAUCCCCAGAGAGCCCAGACCUGGAGAGUUUGACAAGAUCAUCCUCCGCUUGCUGGAGACUCCCAAUGCCAGAGCCAUCGUCAUGUUUGCAAAUGAGGAUGACAUCAGGCGUGUCUUGCAUGCUGCAAAACGAAACAACCAAACGGGUCACUUCCUUUGGGUGGGAUCGGACAGCUGGGGUUCCAAGAUAUCUCCAGUGGUUCAACAGGAAAGUGUGGCAGAAGGUGCUAUUACCAUCCUUCCAAAAAGAGCAUCCAUUGAAGCCUUUGACAGAUACUUCAAAAGCCGCUCUUUGUCCAACAACCGACGCAACGUUUGGUUUGCAGAGUUCUGGGAGGAGAACUUUGGAUGCAAGUUAGGGAUGCACGGCAAACGCCCUGGCAGCCCCAAGAAAUGCACUGGGUUGGAAAAGGUCGGCAGGGACUCCAUCUAUGAGCAAGAAGGGAAGGUGCAGUUUGUAAUGGACGCUGUGUAUGCUAUGGCCCACGCCCUGCACCGUAUGCAUCGGGAUCUCUGCUCAGGAUAUCUAGGCCUUUGUCCCCGCAUGAGCAACAUCGACGGCAAGGAGCUGCUGGGUUACAUCAGAAAUGUCAGCUUUAAUGGAAGUGCCAAGACCCCUGUUGUGUUUAAUGAGAAUGGAGAUGCCCCUGGACGUUAUGACAUCUAUCAGUAUCAGAUAACCAAUAGGUCAGCAGAGUACAGAAUCAUCGGCCACUGGACAGAUCAGCUGCAUUUAAAUAUAGAUGUCAUGCAGUGGGCAAGUGGGGAUUCAUCCCUGCCCCCAUCUGUAUGCAGCCUGCCCUGUCAAACUGGUGAGCGAAAGAAGGUUGUGAAGGGAGUGCCCUGCUGCUGGCACUGCGAGCGUUGCGAGGGCUACCACUACCAGGCCAGCGAGUUCACAUGCCAGCUCUGCCCGUACGAGCAAAGCCCAGAUCAAAACCGCACUGGCUGCCAGCCCAUUCCCAUCAUAAAGCUGGAGUGGCACUCACCCUGGGCCGUGGUACCCGUCUUCAUUGCCAUCCUUGGAAUCCUUGCCACUACGUUCGUGGUGGCAACAUUCGUACGCUACAACGACACACCUAUCGUACGAGCCUCUGGAAGGGAGAUGAGCUACAUGCUGCUAACUGGAAUUUUCCUAUGCUACGUAAUCACAUUCCCAAUGAUUGCAGCACCCGGAGUCAUUGUUUGCUCCUUCCGUAGGAUCUUCUUGGGUCUGGGCAUGUGUUUCAGCUACGCCGCUUUGCUAACCAAAACAAACCGCAUCCAUCGGAUCUUUGAGCAGGGCAAGUGCUCGGUAGCGGCGCCACGUUUUAUUAGCCCCGCCUCCCAGCUUGUCAUCACCUUCAGUCUGAUAUCGGUUCAGUUAAUGGGUGUGUUUGUUUGGUUUGUGGCCGACCCACCUCACACCAUUGUGGAUUAUGGUGAGCAACGCACACAGCACCCAGAAAACGCCCGCGGAGUGCUUAAGUGCGAUAUCUCAGACCUGUCGCUUAUCUGCUCACUGGGGUAUAGUAUCCUCUUGAUGGUCACAUGCACUGUUUAUGCAAUCAAGACCAGGGGAGUGCCGGAGACCUUCAAUGAGGCCAAACCUAUUGGAUUUACCAUGUACACUACAUGUAUCAUCUGGCUAGCUUUCAUUCCCAUUUUCUUUGGGACAGCACAGUCUGCAGAGCGGCUGUACAUUCAGACAGCCACACUGACCAUCUCUCUGAGCCUGAGUGCGUCUGUGUCUCUGGGGAUGCUCUACAUGCCCAAAGUCUACAUCAUCAUCCUGCACCCAGAGCAGAACGUCCCCAAACGCAAGCGCAGCUUCAAGGCCAUCGUCACUGCCGCCACCAUGACCAACAAGCUCAGCCACCUGGCCAGCGAGCGGCCCAACGGAGAGGUGAAAACCGAGCUCUGUGAGAGUGUGGACAAUAGUAAACAUGAAAGAAAAUAACAGCAUACACAUCUGGAAUGACAUGAGGCACCAUCCACAAAAACAACCUACGUCAGCUACACCAAUCAUGCCAUAUGAGCACACAACCUGAAAAGAACAUUCAGGAAUUGUUUGGCAUGACACUGUCUGGCUCAAAAACAAAGGGAACCAAUGACUGAAACCCAAGCAUGAGACAUCAAUGUUGUUUGUGGACAAAAGGAUGGACUCGUGAACCAAGAUUAUUAUUAUUUAUUUAUUUUUCUGAUAUUUUGUAAGAUCGGGAGACAAAAGCUGCCAUUUACAUUGGAAGCCAAUGAAAUGGGGACACUGGCAUAAGGGUAAGAGAAAAAAAAAAUGUAAAGGAAUAGAACAAAUAUUGGAGUCAACCAUGUUACAUGUUAUUCUAAUUGUAAGUAUUUUGUGGUCGUGAAGAUUUUCUCAUUCUUGUCCCACAGUGUCAGAUCUGCAUUUGAAAAUGCAUUUGUCUCUUUUGUAUUGGCUACUCUGGUCUAUAAAGUCAGGUUGUGAGUGUGCAAAUGCCAUGGUUGAAGCAUGCCAAUUAAAUUUUUAUACAAAUAAUUUAUUUAUA